UUCGACCGAGUCGCUGCACAAAGGUGGAGUUAGACCCAGAAACAAACCCACAGGUGUGUCGGAUGAAAGAACAGGAAACCUUUGGAUAAUACGCGUGCGUGAUGGAGUGGAGAGCGCAGUCCGCUGUCAGCUGCGACGAAGCCUUCUCGGAGACUCGGAGGUGGAUCGAGGCAGUUACCAAGAAGAAAUUCGGGAGCACCGACUUCCGAUCAGCGCUGGAGAAUGGCGUUCUGUUGUGUGAUCUGAUCAACAAGAUCAAGCCUGGUAUCAUCAAGAGGGUUAACAGGCUGCCCACGCCGAUCGCUGGACUGGACAACCUAAACGUCUUCCUCAAGGCCUGCGGCAAGCUUGGACUAAAGGAAGCGCAGCUCUUUCACCCCGGAGAUCUUCAGGACUUAUCCACAAGAGUGACAGUCAAGCAUCAAGAGACCAACAGGAGGCUGAAAAAUGUGUUGAUCACUAUUUACUGGCUGGGUAGAAGAGCUCAGUGUGACCGUUUCUAUGAUGGACCUUACCUGAAUUUUAAGGCGUUUGAGGGAUUAUUGGGCACAGCGCUGUACAAGGCUCUGCAGGAAACGUCCAGUCAGAAAGGCAACAACGUCAGGGACAGCGGUUUUGGAGAUAGUUGGUACUCAGAGCGAGAGGAGCUCCAUCAUUUGAAAGAAGGAGGCGGAGGAGGCGGACACAAGAGAGACGACUCGCUGGACAGUUUGGACUCUUUGGGCUCUCAACCCCGCAGCAUCUCAUCUGACACCACUCUUAAAGGCGGCAGCGAGGGGUGUUGCAGUGACACAGAGGCAGACUCUGGCUUCAGGAUGGCUGACAACAAGGACCAUGUCAGUUACCGCCGGUCGGUAGCCAUCACACCAAAGGCCAGCACCCCGUUUAACCAGUUCCUUCCCAGUAAAGACAAAUCCUCAGGCUACGUCCCGGCUCCGCUGAGGAAGAAACGGGCCGAGCGCAAUGAGGACAGUCGUCGCAGCUGGGGCCCCAUGUACACAGAGGAUGAGGGCCCGCUCACCAGGUACUGUUCGGAAACACACAACAACAGUAAACAUCCGCUUUGCUACCCCGAGUCGAGCGCCGACGCUCACCUGCAGUGGGCCUACGAGUACGAGAGCGGCAGCGACUCGGACGCCGAUCGACCCGACCCCGACCUCGUCCUGGACGACCUGGCCAGCAGACGCUUCCACAGCCCCUCCCCGGCUCCUCCCACCAACUUCGCCGUGCCCUCCAGCCCUCUGGCAGCUGGGAGGGCAUCCGGGGGUAGAGGGGGCCCCUGGCCUAAGGUCACUAUUGCCCCUCAGCAGAAUGUGACCUUCCUCAGGUCAGAGAACAUGAAGCAGCAGCGCCUGUUCAGGGAGAUAUAUGGCGACUCCGAGGACGAGGACGACGAGGUGGGCUACGCCGACCCCGUACAGGAUGAUCUCUACGCACGCAAGAUUGGCGUCAAACCUCAGCCUGCCGGGCAUGAAACUCACGACAAGUUCUUACCAAAGUUCUGGACCCCUGAAGAAGACAUUCACAUACAGAAGAUCAAGCUGGGCUCUCAGAGGAGACCCUGGUACAAGAAGAUGCAAGGCUUCAGCGUUAAGAGGUCGGGCUCGUCCUCGUCAGAUGAUUCAGACUGUGACAUCAGUCCUUGGCUCUCCUCUGCCCUUCCUCCUCCUCGCCAUCCUCCUCCUCGCGGCACCUCACCCUCUCACCCCCACACACACGAGGCCUCGGCUCACACCACCCUCGUUGUGGGGAAAAGUCCUCACAUCCAAGCACACACUCCCCCACAGCUCCCCAAGCCCCCUCUGUUACAGACUCCUCCACCUCUGGUGUUUCCCCCAGUGGACCCCACCUCGGGUCCUAAACUGGUCAAAUGUCAGAAGUGGCCCCUCCUUGGGCGCCAAGACCCCCGGGAGCCUCUGGACCCCAUUGAUUAUGACAGUAUUAUGCCUGACAUGGAUAACGAUGACAUGUUUGCCAGGCGAACUCUGGCCUUCCAGUCCAACAUAGACUUGGCCAUGAUGAAGACUCGUCUGUCGGCCAACCGUCGCCUCUACACGUCCGAGCCGCAGCUCAACAUCGUCACCCAGCGGCACGGCCACGGUGGCGAGGAGGUCGAAUACCCCGACAUCGAGCAGGACGAUGUGGUUUAUCGUAAGGAGAAAACCCAGCAGGCUCAGCAACAGCGGCCACUCUCGGGAGCCCCGGACAACUACGCCCCUAUGCCCAUCCCAGAGCCGUGGGCUCUGCCUCCGGACCUCAAGGCCAGACUCCUGUGCCCGCCGUGUCCUCUGACCCAGGAGGCGGCAGCAAACAAACAAAAUCAGGUCGUGAAGGAGACGCGCCCUAAAACGGACGACAUGCUCGUGCGGAAACUCAGAGUUUGCUCCGAUGAGAACCUGAGCCCGCUGAGAGGCCCGUCGGCCCAGCAGGUGCCUUCUUCCUGCAGCGAGGGAGACCUGCAGAGAUGGCAAGCCAUCAGGGAAGCCAGUCGGCUCAGAUAUAAGAAAAAACUCCUGGUGGAGAGGCUUUUUAAAAACAACUUUUCUUCCCACAGGAGUAAAUCAACAAGCGAUAUCCAAGUCGACCCCAGCGUCAUCCGGCAGGCUCGCUACGAAGAGCUGCAGAAGUAUCGCGACAAGAUAAAGGACAGCGAGGACCAGUGGCAGGAUGACCUGAGUAAAUGGAAGAGCCGGCGCAAGAGUGUCAACUCUGACAUCGUGAAGAAGAAAGAGGAGAGGGAGAAGAUAGAGCAGAUCACGUACAGCAGCAGCAGCAGCAGCAACAGAAGGUCUAAGACCUUCAAGGAGAUGCAAGAAGAGAGAGAAAAUAAAGGAACAAACAGCAUCGGCGGUCGUCUCAAAUCUCUCUCUUACCUGGACGACGAGGACGUGUUUGAGAAACCUGUCAUAACCCCUCGUACCCGAACCCUUCCUCCCAGGAGCUACACUAUUGACACUCCUUACUACUCCUCCGAACCCCCCGAGCCUUCUCCGAAAGAGGUCGAACCCCCUGCCGCCUCCCCGGCUAUCGGCAGGGCCGCUUCCCCUCCCACCUCACUGGAAGUCGACACUGUGGAACGUCCUGCGGGCAGCGACGCCACGACCGCCGUCGCUCCCACCGCCAGCAGCCGCAGCUUUUCCCACAGAUCCCAGUCUCCAGAAGCUGCACCUUUACAGAGCUGUCCGGUCUCAGAACACACCACCGCAGUCGAGACAGAGAAGACCACAACUAUUGUCUCCUCCUCCAGCUCCGCCGUGCAGAAAGCGCCCGAGCCAAGGCGCCCAUUGUCGGUCACCCAGGCCGAGGUGGAGGCCCCUUCUUCUGGUUCUCUGUACAAACAACAACCACAGCUCGGCUCAAUGGAACCCAAACCUCCCGGGGUGUCUCGAGUUUCCGCCUCCCUCCCCAGGAGCUACCAGAGAUCGGAUAGCGCACGUCUAACCUCAGUUGUCACGCCAAGGCCCUUCGGGACUCAGACGUCCCGCCUCACCUCGCUUCCCCGAGCCUUUACACUGGACGACUCUCACAAGCGCGUCAACGGCGACGUCGCAGCUGUCUCUAAGAAGUCGUCGGUGCCGACCCGCUAUCAUCAGUUCAUGACCUCGGAGGAUGAGGCCGAGGCUCAGUCCAGCUCGACCCACAGCAGCGAGGACGAGGAGGAGGAGGAGGAGGCGAAGGAGGAAAAAAGUGAGACCGUCAGCUCUACGACUCAGAGCGUCUCACCUGUGCCUCCUCCGGUCAAGAGCGAAGCUCCGCUCGGUCCUCCAGCCAAAGAAAGCAGCCAGGAGAGCUACUGUGAGAUGCGGGUCAGCCUGAACCAGAAGCCCAACAGCAGCAAAGACUUUGGCUUCCAGGCGGCCUGGGACUCGACAGGAGCACGUGUCACGUCCAUCCAGCCAGGCAGCCAGGCCGAGAUGUGCCAGCUCCGGGCCGGAGACGAGGUGCUGUCGGUGAACAGGCACAAGGUGGCAGAAAUGAGCUACACAGACUGGAAGUCCUGCAUGGAGGAGGCUCUGCAGGAGGGCAGUCUGGUUAUGGAUAUACGCCGUCAUGGCAAGAACAACUGGGACAGACAUCCACCUUCCCUGCCAUUUAAAAGCCAUAAGACCAUCAAUCUGACCAGUACGGAUCAUCCGGCACUUCUAGGUUCGCCUGACGCAAACGCUGUCAAACCCAGCCUGGACUUCACCUCACGCAUGUCCAGGGAAAUCCAGCUGCCACCCACCAAAGAGGCCCCAGCGCAACCAGCCGUCGAUGCGGCUUCAAAUGGAGUCAACGGAGGUUUCGGCGAGGAGACGGUGACCAUGAGGAACAAAGAGUCAGAGCCCAUAUCUUUGAAAAACUUAAAACGGAGGUCAGAGUUUUUUGAACAAGGAGGAUCCGAGUCUGCAAUGCCAGAUAUUCCUGUUCCUGCAAUCACUCCGUCCUCCAGCCGCUGGUCUUGGGACCCAGAGGAGGAGCGCAGGAGGCAAGAGAAGUGGCAGAAGGAGCAGGAGCGCAUCCUUCAGGAGAAAUACAAGCGCGACCAGGAGAAACUGCACGAGGAGUGGCUGAAGGCUCAGCAGGAGAUCACCACGAGCUCCGAACAACAAGAGCCGGCGCGUCUGAACAGCCACAGCGUUAGCCCACGCUCGCCCCUCUCUCCCGUCAACCAGCCCGCCACUCCUCCUCCGUGGGAAGAGGAAGAGAGAAAGAGGAAGGAGGAGCAGGAGCGCCUCAGGCAGGCGGAGGAGAGGAGGAAGAGGGAAGAGGAGGAGCGGGAGCUGCAGCGUCUCCAGGAGGAGAGGCAGAGGAAAGAGAGGCAGGAGGAGGAGGAGAGGAAGAAGAGGCAGGAGGAAGAGCUGAGAUGGCAGAGGAGGAGAGAGGAGGAGAGGGAGGAGGAGAGGAGGCGGCAGGAGGCCUUCGAGCAGCAGCGCAGAGAGCGGGAGAGAGCCUUCGAGCAGCAGCAGCAGCGGGCGGUGUCCCAUGUCCAGGCACCACUGUCGCAUGCAGACAGGACGAAGUCUAAAUCGUCUCCUCAGCUUGAUGAACCUCAGCCGAAAGGUGUGCAUGUGCCGCCGCUGGGCAUGGCUCAGUGGCUGCUGGAAGAGCAGCUGAAGAUCGCGUGUGACAAAGAGGCUCAGAGUCAGAGGGCGGCGUCAGAGCUGGAGAUGGAGAGGAGAAACAUCCUCAAUGCCAUGAGAUACAGAGAGCCAGAGAGAGCGGUGACGGGCAGCGGGUUGUUGUUCGAGAGGAAGGGUCAGCAGCCGGGGUCGCAGGCGGAGGCGGAGCGGCAGCAGAUCCUGAACGAGAUGAAGAAGAAGACUCCGGUGCUGACGGACAGCAGCUGGAUCCGCCAGCGCUCCACCACCACCCCCUACACCAAGGAGGCUGAUGUGCCCCCCAUGCGCAGAGGCGAGUCCCUCGACAACCUGGACUCCUACAACUCCUGGCGCUCGUCAUGGACGCCCAGAAGCAACUCUCACGUUCAAAACUACACCCGGCCUCACUCUGCCCUCUCUGGCAGCACGUCCUUUUACGGUGGCGGGUCGAUGCCUCAGCGUCCCGGUUCUUCUUCCACUCUGCCUUCCUCCUACUCCAUGGGAUCCCUCCGAGGCGGGGCAGGAACCCCCUCGUCCCCUUGGUCCAGGCAGUCGCCUUCCCCCUCGCAUUCUUCUCCGUCACCCACCCCUUCAGAGCCCACGUCUGAAGUGGGCGCCUCUCAGCAGCGGAGCAGGUCAGUGAGUGGCAAGAAAAUCUGUACGUUCUGUGACGCCCCGCUGGGAAAGGGAGCGGCCAUGAUCAUCGAGUCCCUCGGACUCUGUUAUCAUUUGAGCUGUUUUAAGUGUAUCGACUGCAAGUCUGACCUCGGAGGAUCGGAAGCCGGGGCCGAAGUCAGAAUACGACACAAACAGCUCUACUGUAACUCCUGCUACAUGCGAUUCAAAACUGGCCAGCCAACCCCCAUGUGACGUGACUGUGCUCCAGCAGAUUGACGAAGAAACUACUUGUGACAACAACCCAUGAACAUUAAAGUGAACAUUGAAGCCAUUGCAACUAGCUUGGGACUCUUGGUUUGGACAUAUAUGACUCUAGAAAAUCUCGCUGAUGAGAAUUAUAUUUGUGUUUUUGUUUUUUUGUUCUUUUCCGUGUGUGAUUGAGUGGGUAAGCUUGCAAAGAAGUUAUCUACGUUAACGCGUCUUCUAUCAUUAAGUAUUACAGUUGUACAAAGGGGUUCUGCAUGCACCAGAGUUUUAAAAUGUUUUAAAAGUAGUCGAAACGUUAAAUCGUCUGUAAGAUUAUCGAGGCAGAUCUUUGCAAUGACGUCCACUGAGAGAGAAUCUAAAGAGUCCGCGUCUUCACGCUUCUUUUUCCCCGCUUGUGUGGUAUUAACACGUUUCGUCAGACAAGCUCUUCAUAUCAUGUCUACGUGCCUUUUUUUUUUUUCCGUUUGUAACAGGGAGAAGUAAUUAAGAUUAUUAGAGCUCUUUCGAGAUAUAUUUAAAAAACAAAAACAAAAAAAAAAAGAAACUGUCUGCUUGGAUAGCACUCUGGAGUUUUCACUGAUAGAUGAGGAUUGUACACAUUAGCAGGUUUGUGAAGAAUAUAUCACACUGAAUGGCAAAGAGUAACAUUUGUAAAUAAAAUAACUAAACGCUCA